CAAAGGCAAAAGUUGGAUGAAAUUUAUCGCGGAUAUCGAACAGCUGAAUUGCUGUUGAAGAGAAGACGCAAAGUGUGAAGGAAAAAUGCUAACUGACAAACCUUGUGCAGAGAUGGAAAAAUCACGAUUCCGUUGCUUGUCUGUGAAUUCUGAAAAAAGAAAAUUUGAAGAUGAAGGCAUAGCUACAAAGACGUCAGAUGAACAAAAACAAGUUGAGGCAAGUGUGCUGAAGUGCUAUAACACAUUCAAGUCAUCUCUCGAUAUUUACCCAGAUGUCCCAUUCCUUGAACGAGAAAGUCAUGUGGAGUUUCUGCUGAAGGGCCUCAGGAACCUUUCUUCAUCUUAUGAGUGCCUUGAUUCGAGCAGACCAUGGCUGUGUUACUGGAUACUCCACAGUCUCGAGUUGUUGGAGGUGCCCAUUCCGGAAGAGAGAGCCUUGGAAAUUGCCAACUUUAUUGGACGAUGCCAAGACCCAAGGGGUGGUUUUGCAGGAGGACCUAUGCAGUUCCCACACCUGGCACCAACAUAUGCAGCUGUAAAUGCCCUGUGCAUACUUGCUAACAUCACAGAGAAAGUAUUGGAUGUAAUAGACAGACAAAAGCUGUAUGAAUACCUCAUGAGAAUGAAAACAGAGGAUGGAGCAUUUAAGAUGCACGAUGGAGGAGAAGUUGAUAUCAGAGGUGUUUACUGUGCUCUGAGUGCUGCCCGACUGACCAACAUCAUGACCAAAGAGCUUGUGGAGGGCACAGCCGACUUCAUCACAAGAUGCCAGACAUAUGAAGGAGGCUUUGCUGGCUUCCCAGGAAUGGAGGCCCACGGAGGGUAUUCAUUCUGUGGUAUUGCUGCUUUGGUGUUAUUGGGCCACACAGAGAGAUGUGAUGUUCAAGCUCUUUUGCGCUGGACAGCCAACCGCCAGACCAGACUUGAAGGUGGAUUCCAAGGUCGUACCAACAAAUUAGUAGACGGCUGCUACAGCUUCUGGCAAGGAGGCAUUUUCCCUAUCAUUCACAUGAUUAUGUGCACUGAAGAUGAUGAUCCUAAUCUCAGCCCAGGCCGCUGGAUGUUCCAUCAGGAGGCUCUUCAAGAAUACAUUCUCAUAUGCUGUCAGCAUUGCUAUGGCGGCCUCAUUGAUAAACCAGGAAAACCACGUGAUCACUACCACACCUGCUAUUGCUUAAGUGGCUUGUCUGUGGCCCAGCACUUUGUGGGUGGAUCUCUGACCCAAGACGUUGUCAUCGGAAAUCCACAGAACAAACUUCGACCCGUGCAGCCAGUCUACAAUCUCAGUCUUGAUUCCGUCAUGAUGGCCCACAAGUAUUUCUCCAAGAAGAACAUGCCAAACAGCCAGGAAGCCCACAAAGGCCCCUCUGACUCAUCCUAGUGGAUGUUUUGUACUUCGUUGCGGUCCAUGUUAUCUCCACUGUCUGUCUGAAAUGGGCUUUGUAGAACAAAUGUGAUUUUUUGCCUCAGUGAGCUGAGUAAAAAUGUACUGAGUAUCGUAGGAAGUGGAUCUUGUUUGUGAACUUUUGCUUAAUUGUUUCAUGAUAAUUUGUGAAUAUGAAAGCUGGAAGGUUUGGGUUUUAAUCUGAGGAAGUCUGGCCAGUUGAACACAUUACAGUGCAACCGGCCCGGGAUUGCCUGUAAGUUUCUCUGUAUGCAUCACCCUUAUGGGCCUGGAAUCGCCCGCUCAGAUUCAGAUUAAUCAGAAGGAGAACCUAGGUCUAGAGCCCAACGCAUGAGUGAGAGUGAAGGGUGAUUGGUCAGACACACUGAUUGAAGUAAAGUUAGAACAUUUCCAAGAACCUGUGCAUACAAAGUUAUAUUUUUCUGAAACUAUGUAUUCAUUUCUUUUUCUAAUUUUUAUUUUAUCAGAAUUGUUUGAAUUUGGUAUAUUUUUAGAAUGUUUUUCAAAAAUAGUUCCUUUCAUCUGGUGUGAGUUACCUCCCCUUGCUUAAGAUUCAGGGGAAUAGAAUUACCGUCCAGACCCUGUAGGUGUAAUGUGUUAAAAUCAAAUGAAGUGGCUGUUGCUUUUUCCUGUCCAUUUUAUGUUAUGAUCUGAUUAAACCUCAUCAUUCGUUGA